AUGGCCACUCCAACGAUGCCGAGCAUAUUUUUAGGCCAUACCUCUGGCGAAUACGAAACUGAAAGCGUUCGCGUUAAAGUUUCAAAGGACGUUGACUACAAAGCGUUGCAUCUGAUCAGUAGAUACAGGCAUGAGCUCAGCCAACAAAAAAUCGAAGAAAUCAGAAUAUUUAAGGAAAAACAUAGCAACUGGACUUUACAGGACAAAAAUUAUCUUUCCAUAAAGCUGGAUGAUUCUUAUUCAGGUGCUAUUGUUAAAUGUGUAGAUGUGUAUUUCAACGCAUAUGACGUUGAUUAUAAAUUUCCACUUAUAUUCGUAAUAUACUUUGAGGAACAAAGCACACAUCAACCGAAAUACUUUAAAUAUUCAUGCUUUGAUCGCCAAAUAAGUGAUAAAGAAACUAUUGAAAUGUCUAAAGCAAGUAAUUUUGGUUACGCUAACAACGAGAAGGAACUAAUUCCUGAGUUACUGGAGGAAAAUGAUUGCCUAUCUGAGGUAUUGACCUUUCGCGUCGACCAAGACACCGAUAGCAUUUACAACAGUGGUAAAAUUUAUUUAUCCAGCAAAAUAAGAAUUUCCGGUCCUAGCGGCAAUUUAUACGGAUUCUAUAAGCGCACUCACACUCCCAGGGAUAGCAAUAAUGGUAAGAAAUCCUAUGUGCUUUGUGGCAGUGAUGUUCUAUUGUCUUGGCACACGAGAGGGUAUGGAGAAUAUACCGACAUUCCAAAUGUUCAGCGUGAAAAAUAUACCAGCUUAACUGUGUAUUGGAGCGAUAAAGUCAAAAUACCUCUGUUGGUUGAGUGUGUUAAACAUGUCCAUGACAGAGAUGUGUAUUCCUAUUAUUUCCGGAACCAGUACAAACACCUGCCUUAUUGGGAACGACUGUACGAUAAAACUUCUGAAAAGCUGUUGGGGGAAGCAAUAGCGGAAGAGUUUAUGCAAGAUAGACUUACGCGGGACCACAACUCAAGAUUGCUGACGGCGCUGGAAAAGAUUGAGUUUCUGCUGAUAAACACCGUCAUCAUACUUCUCGAGAAGACCACUUCGUAUGGCGAGACUGAGGUUGAUAGGCUUAUCAAAAAGGAAAAUCCUCAGAUUACAGUUAGUUCCAAGAUAACCGAGGCGCAACCUGAUCCUGUGAACGUGGUUAGGAAGCCCUGUAAGGCCCUGGAAGACUCGGGCUACUUGUGUUUUCAACACUCGUUCAGGAUUAGCGACUCAUACAAACUCGGCGAGCUACGACUGCUGCUGCCCGGCGAGAACACCAACAAAUACACUGAGCUGAGGUUGUAUGCCGACGACAGAACCACUGUUCCUGAAGUCUUAUACUAUCAGGAUGGCAGGGUCGACAUGUUCGUUUACUUUUACCAGAACUCCACUGCGCGCGGCAGCGUCGGCGACCCUAGGCCCUUGCUUCUGAUUUACGACAGCAGGGUCUACCGACCGCUGAGUCUUGACACUUACAACAGUAGAUGGGUCCGGUUAAACGGCGUCAGCGCCUUUUCGUGCGAGAACUUCGACGACAUCCUGCUCACUGUCCUGUCCCGCGUCGUCGGAUUUUUGAACAUUGUCGACCUCGACAACGUUCACGAGGGCCCUGCUGUGACCGAGCCUAACACCAAGGCCGACUCUUUCGACGACUCCACCUACUCCGUUCAAAAGUUCAACGGCCAGGGCAUCGACAUAAAGAUGAGCUACGAGAACAAGAGCUGCUACCGCGUGUACACCUACACUCCCGGCAACACCGACGGCUACAGGCUCGGCCUCGUGACGACUGGCAGGAAUAAGCUGAACAUCCAGUAUCCGCUUAGCAAGCAGCUCAAAUGUGUCGCCUGCUACUACAGCGUGUACGACUACUAUCUUCAGCACCCUGUGCUGGUUGAGCUCCGGUUUAGUGACACUGACAGUGACUACUACGUGCUCAGGGUUGAGAACGGGCAGAAGGGCUGGGAGCAGCUCGAGAGCUACGAGGUCGACCCAAGUGACAUUGAAGGCUCACUUUCCAAGAUUCGGCGUCAGCUGGGCAUCACCUUCAGCGGCAAAGCUGGCGCCAAAACCCUCUUCGACCCCAAGAACUGCCGCGAGAACAGCAACCGCGGCCUAGUUAUAGGCGUUCUUUCCGGAUUAGCCCUGCUCGUCGGCGGCGCUGCCGUUGCCUACUACAAGGUCCCUCAGGUUUCCCAGUACUUCUACAGGAGGUUCUACUAG